AUGGCAGCCUCGAGUGCGAACACGGAGGACGUGACGCUCAGCCGAGUCCACCUCGGCCGCUCCUCGAACUGGGACUACGUGCAUCGCUGCGUUGCCAUGGUGAUGGGCAUGGGAAGCCUCUGGCGCUUCCCGAUGCUCGCCUACGAACAGGGCCGCGGCGCCUUUCUGAUCUGCUACCUCAUCAUGACCUUUCUUUUGGCCAUGCCUCUGUGCCAAAUCGAGAUAGCUCUCGCUCAGUUCUCGGGCUCCAGCAUCAAGGCUCUGUGGAAGUGCAUGCCUCUGGGAAGGGGCAUUGGCGUCGCCGGCUGUUUCUGCGCCGCCCUGGUGAGCGUCUACCACGCGCUGGUGGUCGCCUACGCGGCAACGUACCUCGGCGACAGCGUGCUGUACCCGGAGCUGCCGUGGACCGCGUGCGGGCCCGCCUGGGGCGCCGACGCCGCCUGCUACGGCCUCGCGGACGCCCAGCUACUGUGCGGCCGCACUGCGAGGCUCCCGGUGUACCUGAUGUCGGGCCUGCUGGGCAGCCGGGGACCCGAUUCCGAGCCCCUGCUGAAGUUCCCCGCCAUGCCGGUGAAUGACACGCUCCACUGCAAGAACGCCACGCUGCCGUCGUCUGAGCAGUUCUUCUACAAGCGUGUGCUGGCGUUGAGCCCGAGCGUCGGAGAGUUCGGCCACCUGCGGCCCGACCUGGUCUCCUACCUGGCCGCAGUGUGGCUCGCGACCUUCUUCCACGUGUGCGGAGCGGCCAAGUUUUUCGGAAAGGUCUCGCUUGCCGUGGUUCCAUUCUGCUACGGUUGCACCCUGAUGGUGAUGACAAGGCUGUUGCUGCUCGACAACGCCGUCCAGGGCCUCCGGUACCUGUUCUCCUUCGAGUGGGAGAGCUUCGCUAACCUCGCAAUCUGGCACCAGGCAGCUCAGCAUAGUGUGUUUAACCUGGGCACCUGGUUUGGACCCCUACACUACCUGUCCAGCCGUAAUGACUUCUACUUAGACACACGCUUCUCGCACGUUUUCCUGGCCGUCAACGCGGUGCUUUACAACAUGGCCGGCAGCGUGAUGACCUUUUCGGCCAUGGGACACAUGGCGGCUUUGAGGGGCUCGCCGACGGUGCCGGACGUCGAACGACCGGAUGUUUAUAUAUUUUGCCCCCAGCUGGCGCUGGUUAACAGCGCGCUUCAAGAGAUGCUUGUGGAUUUGGAAGCCCGGCUGCCGUCCAAGAAGACGUUCGUCACGCUCUCCUACUGCUUCAUCUGCUUCCUGCUCUCCUGCGUGCUCUCUUCUCAGGUGAACACGGAUUAG